AUGACCUGCAGGGACAUUGUGACGGUUCUAAUAAGAAGGAUCAUACAGAGUACUGUUGAGAGCUCCCCUGAACUGCUCCAUGCUGUUGCUGCCUCAGCAUCUGUCUGGGGAGCAGGCAGCCUGCAGGUCCUUGAACUCACACCAGCCAGUCCUCCUCAGCAGCUGAGGCGCACAGGCUUCCUCUUCCCAGAGCGCGUGGGGUAUUCCUGGACCAGGGAUGAGGCCCGAGGGCCCUGCACUGGACGGCUGACCUUCUGGGAUGUGGCCAUAGACUUCACUCAAGAGGAGUGGGAAUGCCUGGACCUCAGUCAGCGGGACUUGUACACGGACGUGAUGGUAGAGAACUAUAGGAACCUGGGUUUCUUGGGUCACCAGCAUAGAUCCUUGAAGUCAGGGCCCAGGAUUGCAUUCAUCAUGGAGCUGGAUCUGCUUUGGUGCUGUGGGGGCAGCUCAGACUCCGGCCUGGCCCUGCCCCCUAGUGUGGGAGCCCAGGAAGUCUACAGCUGCUACAACUACACCUGCUGUGACUGGGGGAGCCGUCCUUGUCCACUCAGACGUUCUAAAGUGCUUCAGCCCGCUCUGGGCAUGUGGAUAAACUACAGGCCGCUGCUCCCGAGGUUUCCCAGAGUCCACCAGUCUACCCUGGAAGUGAGGGGCGCAGAGGAAGAGGCAACAGCUGGGUUCAUGAGAGCACCCACCCUAAUGGAGCCCUUCCUCCUGCCUCGUGAGGAGGGGCCAGCACAGGGGGAGAGAGGCUACAAACAAUGGACGUCUCCUCACAGCCCAGAGCAGUCUUCUGCCUGGGUCUGCUCUCCAGACCCCCAUUCCAGCACCCAGCCCUUGUCUGCAGUGGUGGACACCCUCUCAGGCUGGUGGAGAGAAAACUUACAAAAUCAGUCUUCAAAUCUGAUUAAGCAGCAGAAAAUUCAGAAUCCACGGAAACAUUACAAGUGUAAUAAAUGUGGGAAAGUCUUCAGUAACUCAUCUAAUAUAAGUAAACACAGGAAAAAAUGUUCAGGAAGGAAACCUUUCAAGUGUACAGUAUGUGCCAAAGCCUUUAAUCAGAGUUCAAAUCUUAGUCAACAUCGGCAAAUCCAUACUGGCAGGAAACCUUAUAAAUGUAGCGAAUGUUGCAAAGUGUUUAUCUAUUUCUCAAAUCUUAGUCACCAUCAGCAAAUUCACACUGGGGCGAAACCUUAUAAAUGUGCAAAGUGUGGCAAAGCCUUUAAUCAGAACUCAAGUCUUACUCGACACCAGCAGCAAAUUCAUACUGGAGAGAAACCUUAUAAAUGUAAGGAUUGUGGCAAAGCCUUUGGCCGGCGCUAUGGUCUUACUCAACACCAGCGAAUUCAUACUGGAGAGAGACCUUAUAAAUGUAAAGAAUGUGGGAAAGCCUUCAAUACAAACUCACAUCUUACUCAACACCAGCGAAUUCAUACUGGAGUGAAACCUUAUAAAUGUAAGGAUUGUGGCAAAGCCUUUAGCCAGUGCAGUGGCUUUACUCAACAUCAGUUAAUUCAUACUGGAGAGAAACUUUAUAAAUGUAAAGGAUGUGGAAAAGCCUUUAGUCAAUCCUCAACUCUUACUAAACACCAGAUAAUUCAUACUGGAGAGAAACCUUAUAAAUGUAAAGAAUGUGGAAAAGCAUUUAAUAAAAACACAACUCUUACCAAACACCAGCGAAUUCAUACUGGAGAGAAACCUUAUAAAUGUAAAGAAUGUGGAAAAGCCUUUAGUCAAUCCUCAACUCUUACUAAACACCAGCAAAUUCAUACUGGAGAGAAACCUUAUAAAUGUAAAGAAUGUGGAAAAGCCUUUAGUCAAUCCUCAACUCUUACUAAACACCAGCAAAUUCAUACUGGAGAGAAACCUUAUAAAUGUAAAGAAUGUGGAAAAGCCUUUAGGCAUAGCAGUCAUCUCACUAGGCAUCUCAGUGCACAUACUGGAGAGAAACCCUCAUAAUGAAAUAACUGAUGGAAGAAGUUUGUCCUAAACAUACACGUCGGAAAACACGAGACCAUUUAUAUAAGAAAUAUAUGGAGUGAUGUAUAAAUGUAAAAGAAAAAAAAGUGUAGAAAAUGAUUUAAUGAAAAUUGAAAUCUAAAUAAAUACCAGAAAAUCCAUACUAGAAAACUUUACAUCAAUCCUGUUUUCCGAAGUUCCUCUUACAGAGAAGUACUAUAGAUAGUAAUCAACAGUUAAAACAGAUAGAAAAUUGAUAUGUUAGUGUGGAUCACAAGAUGAAAGUUUGAUGUUUAUAAGGGUACAAUUAUUAGCAAUGUAUCCUUGUUUAUACUGACAUGAUUUGUGAUUAUUUGAGAGUGAAUGUAGUUCAACUCUCUACUUAAUCCAAGGAAUGAUUCAUUUCUAGUGUGCAAGCAAACUUAUGUUUUUGAUAGUUGGUACCUCAAAGAUGAGAGAAGCCCUUCUAUCUAGGGAGAAAUCAUUUAUAUGUAUUCUCCAUUAGAAGAUUAAGGACACAGUAUUGUAACAUGUACAGUAAACGCCUAAAUGGUGGUGUUUGUCAUUCAUGUCACACAUCCCUGUAGGUCACCAUGAUGUAAGUGUUCAGGGAAUAAUUCCACAUACUAAGGAUGUAAGUUAUUAAGUUAUGCUUUUAAAGGUUAAUAUAAUGACAGCUCACUGAAAUCUUGAUGUGUUUUAUAAUAUCAGCAGAAAUUAUGAAUGUUUAACA